GAAAGUGUACGUGUUGCUGCUUUUAAAACAUGUCAUGCACUUACAAAGAUUACUGUGAAAUACUGUGAUCCUGAUAAUGUAUCUAUUGAUGAUGGUCAAAAAAUAAUGAAUAUUAUAAUGCCAUUUUUGUUGAUGAAAGGCUUGUUAUCUGAUUCAGAAGAUGUGCGCAAAUUUUCUCUAAGAACAAUCCUUAAGAUCUGUAAAUCAGCCAGGACUCUAUUAAAAUCACAUAUUACAAAUAUUGUUGGAACUUUGUUAGAAGGAUUAUCUAGCAUGGAACCACAGCUUGAAAACUCUCGAUUAUCUGCUGCAAAAAUGUCUCCAAUGAUGGAGGGUAUAGAGUCAUGUAUUGAUUAUAUUGAUGAAAGUGUUAUGGAAAAUUUAACACCCAAGCUAUUACAACUUGUUCGUAAAGGUGUUGGUCUGCCAACAAAGGCUGGUUGUGCAAGAUUCUUGGUAUCAUUAUGUCUUAAAAAAGCAUCAAUAUUAAAACCACAUGCAGAUACUAUAAUGAAAGCCUUAAGUGGAGCUAUUCUUGAUACAUCACCUGCAGUCAGAAAAUCAUAUGCUAUUGCUGUUGGAUACAUUGCCCAUUUAUCAUCAAAUAAUACUUUAAUUAGAUUAAUUGAACAUUUAAAGAAAGUUUACUGUGAAAAUAAUGAACAAGAAAUACGUUCUAUUUCAGGUAUAACUGCUCUGGAGGUUUCUAAACAUGCAUCAGACAAGCUAAAGCAGAUAUAUGUAGAAAUAUUACCACUUGCUUAUUAUGGUUUACAUGAUUCUGAUACAGGAAUUAAGAAUGUAUGGAAUGAAGUAUGGGACGAGAAUACUACUGGCUCUACUAGUGCUAUUAAAUUGUAUCUUAAAGAAUUAAUAGAUCUUUUAUCAACAUUGUUGGAAUCACCUUUAUGGCAAACUAAACAUCAAGCUGCGACAACAAUUGCAGAUAUUGCUAAAAUAAUAGAAAAAAGUUUAUUGCCUUAUAUGACACAAGUUAUUCCACUGUUAAUGAAUAGUUUAUCAGGAAGGACAUGGGUCGGAAAAGAGGCACUUGUUGAGGCACUUGUAAUAGCUUCUAUUUCGUGUAAAGAAUAUUUUGAUAAUGAUAAUACACGUGUACAAUUAAAUGACGUUUCAAAAAUUCUUAUACGUGAAAGCAAAAAAACAAAUAAACUAUAUAAACGCAAUUGUAUCGACAAUCUAGGAAGAUUUGCAGAUUCUUAUAUUGAUAUUUUGGAUCUUUAUACAGAUGUUAAAGAAUUUUUAAUUGAAUUGGCAACUAGUGAACAAGAUCCUAAUGAAAUGGACGAAGAUGAUGCCAAUCAACAACCAUUAUUCUUCUUAGUUAAAGCAAGUGCGAUGAAAUGUCUUGGUUUAGUAUGGUCUAAACAAAAGGAAAUUCAAGUAUUGCAUUCAAAAGAACUUGGUCUUGUAUUUGCCACUUCUUUGGAAUCAAGUAAAAAUAUAUGGAAUAUUCGUCUUGGUGUUCUUGCAUCUCUUGAUAAAUAUAUUGAUAAAUUAGAUCUUACAGAGAAUGAUAAAACAUUGGUAUUGGAUGAAGAAACUUUGCUUUCUAUCUUCAAUGGAUUAAAGAACGGAUUACAAGAUGCAAAAUAUGUUGCAAUUCGUACUGCAAGUUUAGAAAGUUUUAAAAAAGUUAUUGAAAAAGUUAAAGAUACACAUUUAUCUUUACCUGCAAUUAGAAACCAGUGUUUAGAUAUUAUUAAUAUUGCAGAAAGUGACCCUGUGCCUGGCAUUUCUGAACUGGCCAAUAAAAUUAGAAGAAUAGGUGUAAUAUGA